AUGAUCCUCGGUCCUAUAAGUCUCAUUGACUGUGCAGUCUUUCUCAUUUUCCUUGCACCUCAACUCAUAUGGAAUGCUGGGUUCUUUCUGACUCUGCUCACGGCUCUCAAGGCUUUGCCAUUUCUAUUGGUUCAAUUACCUUAUGACUUUGUCACAGAUCGUUACUUGACUCAUCCAAGUCGACAAUUGGCCUUUACGCAGACGGCUACAGUGUUCGAGGACAUCGUGAUACGCUGCGUGCGAUAUGCGUUUGCCAACAUCCCUGCCAAAGUCGGGAGAGUCUUUUUUGGUAAAUACGUUGCACUGCCAUUCACUCGAUGGCGGAUGCUUCGUCAUGGUUAUAUAAGAUCCCCGGUCCACUAUCGGGAGUAUAGCAUUGGGAAAGGGAAUGUUGAGACUAAAGGUACCUGGAUUAUGCAUCAUCCAGAGCAUCCUCCCGAUUUUGUUCUUUAUUAUAUCCAUGGUGGAGGAUUCCUGAUGGGCUCGAGUUAUUUCUACCUUGAGUUCCUUAUGGCCUGGCAUCACCUGCUGGUUGAGGGAGGGUUCAAGAACCCGGCCAUAUUUGCGCUCGAGUAUACUUUGGUACCGGACCAAGUCUACCCAAGACAGGUUCUGGAGGCACUGGAAGGUUACAACCAUGUCCUUGAAGUCGUCAAGGACGCCUCAAAGGUCUGUGUCUCGGGCGACUCAGCCGGUGGCUCAUUGAUUCUCAGCUUGCUGCUCGAGUUGGGCGCUCAGGCUGGUAACCAAGAUAAGAUAGGGGUCAGGGCCGACGUCCGAGGUGGUCUUGCUGACCCUGAUCCGCCACAACUGCCAUUGCCUAGAAUGGCGACACUCAUCUCGCCAUGGAUAACGCUCAUGUCAAAGCUGCACUACAGUUCCAAAAGCGACUUCUUGGACAAACGUACCUUGUGGAGAUAUGCGCAUGAGUACGCAGGAGAGAACAUGAUUCAACAACAGCCAGCCUCUCCUGGUAAUUGCGUCGACGACAAGCUCUGGAGAGCGGCUAGUCCCGAACGAGGAUAUUUUGUUAUCUUUGGGGAAGAAGAGGUUUUCGCGCCAGACGUUGAAGAAUUCCUCAAACGGCAAACCAAGAUCGGUGUCCAAGCUGAAGGACAGAAAUUUGAUGGGGGUAUCCACGCAUGGCCGGUAGCCUCAUUGUUUCUUUCAAGCACCGAGGAGAAGCGACUGCAAGGACUUCGAACUGCUGUCAAAGAAAUUAGAAGAAGAAUGUUUGAAUGGGGUACAUUGAACGGUGACAAAGUGUAA